CCGCCUUCCUUUCCUUCCCCUGUUUUGUUUCGAGACACACCCCCACCCGCACCCAAGGCGGCCAAAGCUCCCAUUUUUCGCUCUCCCACCAAAACUCAUCGCCUCUUCACCGCAAUGUCGGAUCCAGCAGAGGACGCUGCGGCCCUCGCCCGUGCAUGGAUCGUGGUGGAUCGUCUCACUGUCCCUGUGCCGGAGGGUGGGCUGGCCAAGCUUGCGGGGGCUGACCUGCUGGUGGCGUUUCAGGAGGCGCCGGCGCCUUCGAAGGUCUUCUUGCCCGACCGCGUCUCCGACCGCCCCCUCUACGUAGCCGCGGCCGACGCAAAGGGUUUCUUCGUCCUCUGUGAAGUUCAAGGGCCGGCCUUGCAGGGCCCCGAGGUCUUCUACGGAUGCGACGCCGGGAAGGGCGUGGUGACCCGCAUCCCGGAGCGCCCCGUCCUCGACCAUCUCGACAUCGCCGGAAACGAGUGCGUCGUCGGUCCAAGGGCGACUAAGAUCGGCGUCAUGGCGAAAAACUCCAUCUACCUCGUCGCCGAGCUUUCCCAUGCGAGCGCCGACGCGACGCAACUCGCGCUCUUCUGCUACUCCCCGUCCAUCGGCCAGUGGGUCGAAAAGGAACUUGCUUUGCCUUCCUUUGCUCUUCGACCAUGGCAUGGCAAUUUCACCAUCUCACAUCUAAACAAGAUGUGGUGGGUCGAUCUCUCCUUUGGCGUCUUAUGCUGUGAUCCUUUCGCUGAGAGCCCUGUUCUGACAUACUUCCCGCUUCCGCCCGGCUGCGAGCUUCCGCUAGAAUUGCAUCAGCAACAAUUAUCAAGAACUUGGUGUCUCGGCAUCAGUGGAAAGACCCUGCGGUUUGUGAACCUAGAGGGUACGGGCGCUUCAGUGAUCAUCAAAGCAUGGUCAUUUGUGUCUGAUGACGAGCCAGCUGGAUGGAUGCCAGAGUUUGAGCUGCCAGAAGUUGAAAUCUGGGCAGGCCAAUCAAACAGACCAUAUGGUGUUCUGUCAAGCCCCUUUGUCAGUCCAGUAGCCGCAGACUUCAUCUGCUUGCUUAAAGGAUCUGUUCUUUUCUGGGUGGACUUAAAAUCGGGACAAAAUUCUCUCUUUUAUCGGCUGCCCACCCUGGAAGUGGAUGGUGCUACGGGCGUUGAGCCGCGGUUCAUGCCAUUGCAAAUGGUGUGGUGCCCAUGGGCAAUUGUGGCGUCCACGGAUGUGUGCAAUGAUCAACUGAAAGACGAGAUGCGAUUGGAGCGAUCUGCACCACCGGUCCAGAGCAGUCUGGUUUAUGGCAAUACAUGCGUGAGAAACAGGACAACGAAGUACAUGUAUCUGGCAGCGAUCGAGAGAUCAGGAGCUAUGUUGAUCUGUGCUGGCAUUCAGCGCAUAGGGGAUAUUGCAAUCAAGAAGGUCUAUUUUGUGAGACAUGAUAUAACUGAGAAGUCACAUAAAAGGCUACCUGAUCUUGGCCAUGGUGCUCUGGUGCAUGGCAAUGUUGGUCUUGUCGUGGACAAAGAAGGGGUGUGUGUGGUUGCUGAGCUUGUGCGCACCAAAAACAAGAACAGUGGGCUCAUCCGGUUAUGGAGAUCAGAUGAUAAAAGGGACAAGUGGACUGAUAAGGAGGUGAACUUCCCACUGCAGGGCAGCCGGCGAUGGAAUGGAAAUGGAGCCAUCUCAUGGGGAGGGAAAAUCUGGUGGAUUGACCUGUCCCAAGGGCUGAUGUCCUAUGACCCAUUUGGUGCGAAGUCGAAGCUUUGUUACAUAGCUUUCCCUGGUGGGCAUGAAAUUGCUGAGAAUGAUAUCAACCCUUUAAUUGUAGAGAGUAGGCUGGUCAAUAUUAGCUGUGGCAAGUUACAGUAUGCUGAGCUCCAUGGACCAGAUGAAGAGCCAGUGAUCACAGUAUGGACGAUGGUUGCUCAAAGCAAGGGAAUGAGCUGGAGACGCAAGUAUGAUCUGAAGCUAACUGAGGUAUGGUCCAAAAAGAGCUUUCAUGGCAAAGGACUUCGGCGGGAGAGGCCGGCGCUCGCUCUUCUGCACCCCUUCAACAAUGAAGUGAUCUACCUCACUCAGGAAGCCAAGCUGAUCUCUGUCAACGUCAGUUCGGCAGAAGUAAAAGAAUGUGUCCCUUGUGUGCUUGAAGAUAAGGCUACCGAUUGCAGGUCUGGAAAAUUUAUCGUCUACGACAUGCCUCUGAAGUGCAUUGGCCUGUUCCCAAGACCCUAUGUUCUUCAGUCUUGAGCUUUUAUCUAGUAUACUGUCUUCAGACGAGUAGCUCAUGUUCCUGGGCAUCUAUGCAUACUUUCGCUGAAUCUUGUUAUUCCUGUAUGGCAUUUUUCUAUCCUGAACCGUAUUAUGCCUGUAUGGCAAUUUUAAUGUGGAAU